AUGGAAACCUGCGUUCUGAUACCCAAAGAAUUUUCAUUGGCACUUGCGAACGAUCGAUCAAACUAUAAAGGUCUCUUCAAAAAUGAUUCAGGAAGUUUAGUUACGGACGUAAGAAUAUCCGUAUGGUCCAACGUGCUUAUUCCGGCGGGGACGUUGAUCUACCCCUUUCAGGGAUCCAUCCGAUUCGACAAAAUCGACCUUUACUCCCUUUUAGAUGACAAUGAUAUCAGACGCGAAUAUGGCUGCUACGAUGAAGUCUUCUUUUCAAAUUACAGCCUUAACAAGCGUCAGUGCAAUUGGAUAAGAUUCCUUCGUAUCGUUCAGUCUUAUGACGAACAAGUAAACUUAAUUGGUACCAAAGUGAAAGGGGAUCCGAUCUUUGAAGUAAUAAAAGAUGUUCAACCGGAUACAGAAUUAGUAGCUUGGUUUCUUCCUACAGCAGAACAAGAUUUCGUCUUUAUACCACACGACAUGUGUUCGAGGUCUGCUCUGUACAGAUGCACGAUUGACUCCAUUUUAGAUGAAUCCCCAUUAGACUUAUCCAUGGCAUUGCUCUCUCAUCAUUCGUCGUCAACUAUCUCGCAUCCUUAUUACGAGGUGGAUGAAUACGAAUCAACAUCCGAGGAGUCCUCGUCAUCGACGUUGUCCUUGACAGGAGAUCAUUUAGAUUGCAGUAUUUUAACGACAAUUAAAAGAGGAGAGAGGGUUCUUUUGCCAUGUGAAGUUUGUGGGAAGUCUUUCGACCGACCUUCUCUCCUGAAACGUCAUAUGAGAACGCAUACAGGAGAGAAACCGCAUGUUUGUAUGGUGUGCAACAAGGGUUUCUCAACAUCGAGUUCGCUGAAUACGCACAAACGAAUCCAUAGCGGUGAAAAACCUCAUCAGUGUCUUGUUUGUGGUAAGAAGUUUACAGCCUCCUCCAAUCUCUAUUAUCAUCGUAUGACUCAUAUCAAGGAAAAACCACACAAAUGUUCACAAUGCUCUAAAUCUUUCCCAACACCGGGAGAUCUUAAGAGUCAUAUGUACGUGCAUAAUGGACUAUGGCCAUUUAGGUGCCAUAUUUGUAGCCGUGGUUUCAGUAAACCAACCAAUCUUAAAAACCAUAUGUUACUACACCUUGGCAGAUGUUCGAACAAGAAGAUUGUCAAAUCCAUUUCAGACUACUGACCAACCGAUAAUGCCUCCUCAAUAAUUUAGAAAAUCUAUGGAGAAAUCUAAAUUUCGGAAAAAUUUACAAAAAAUAGAAAUUAAAAUUAAAUCUCCCUAUUUAUAUUGCUAUUUGAAAAAACUCAUGUAGAGUUUGACACACAGUACAAUUUGACAAUUACACUUUAAUCUUGUUAUUAACUCUUCAAUUGCUCAUUACAUUCAGGUAAAAUAGUAUGUACGUAUGCCAUAUGAUUCAUGUCCGUUAACUUUAUAUCUUAUUUAGUUCAAUUAAUUGAAUGUUAUUUUUAUAAAAUUUCUUUAUUGCUCCUCGAAGUUAAUUAAUACUGUUUACAAAGUGUUACGUUAAUUAUUGUAGCGAAUGAAUCGUUAUAAGAUAGAUCUAUGUAGGUAUGUAAGAGAAAUCACAUGAAUUUUGAGUGAAAUGUUUUUUCUUAUAAUAUAAGAGAUUUGAGAAAUAUACAUUGAGGAAUAAUCUUAAAUGCGUCGUUUUGUGUUUUUUGUACGCAUAUAUUAUUAAUUAAAAAGAUCUAAAUGAAAGUAGGAAAAAGUUACAUCCUUACAUCGAAUGUUUACGGGUUCAUGAAUUUUCAUCGUUUGAUUUCGUUUCAUAUCGAUUUGAUGAAAAGAAAUAAUUAUUUUUCUUACUUGUCCUGGUUAUAUUUGUUUUGCAAUUAUGAUAAAUGAUUCUGUACAUCUUCAAUAAAUUAUGUAACGUUAAAAUAAAUUUUAUCUUCUU